CACCCUCUCUCUCUCCCCGGACAAUCAGACUAGUCCAGCUCCUUCGUCGUGCCGAUUGUUCAGCCUGGAAAGUGAGAGAGACUCUCCAAGUCCAGGCUGGCAGGGUUACUCUUCUCCUGGGUUGGCGUGGCGGUCCGUCGUCCUCAUGUCAGCGUCCUGGCGUCCCUGUUGUGUGUCCGAGUGAUGAGGUCGCCACACUCGUACCUCUGGUUCCUCUUUCUGCUGGGGGUGGGGUCUCUACCUGUGCUGCUUCACCUGGAGAACCUCAACGACACCGUCAGACACCUGAGCCCAGGCUCAUCAGACCGACCGUCCAGCCGACACCUAUCAGACCAGAAUGGAUCAGUCCUCGCCCACCUUCACCCUCCAGAUUUGAUCAAACAGCUGUCUGUAGAGGAGGAGGAGUCAGACUCUCAAAGACCCGCCCACAUGGCCUCUGGGCACCAGUCUCUGAUGGCCGGUAACUUGGAGCCUCCUGUCACCAGUCUCCUCAACAGCACCCCAGCAGCUGACAGCACUCCUACUGGAUGGGAGGAGGUACUACAGCAGCAGAUCAAGAUUCAGGAUUUGCGGCACCAUCAUCUGGCCAAAGUCUGCUCUGAACUGGUUCUAGACCCCUGGAGUCAGAAUGUCUCCAAAGGACACACGUCCAUGAUCCUGGUGGAGGAACGGUCCAGGUUGCUUUACUGUGAGGUCCCCAAAGCCGGCUGCUCCAAUUGGAAACGGGUCCUGAUGGUACUGGGGGGCAAGGCGACCUCGGUACUCAACAUCAGUCAUAAGAGAGCGCACUUCAACAACACCCUGCACAAACUAAAGGACUACAGCCUGACCGGGGUCAGAGAGAGGCUGAACAGCUUCAUCAAGGUCCUGUUUGUCAGGGAACCUUUCCAGCGUCUGGUGUCAGCCUACCGGGACAAGUUUGAGAACCAGAACGAGUACUACCACACUCUUUUUGGACGGGCCAUCAUUAACAAGUACAGGAAGAAACCCGCUGCUAAGGCCGUGCUCACCGGGGAUGGGGUCACCUUCAGGGAGUUUGUUCAUUACCUCCUGGACCCCAGUCGUCCAGUAGGCAGAGACAUCCACUGGGAGCCAAUCAGCAGCCUGUGUCACCCGUGUGUGGUCCACUACGACUUCAUCGGCAGGUUUGAGAACAUGAACAGCGAAGCCAACAUCCUGCUAAGGAGUAUGGGAGCCCCGCCCACUGUCAGAUACCCGGACUACAAGGACCGGAACCCUCAGGACGAGAGGACAUCGGCCACUAUCGUAAGAAAAUAUUUCUCCCAGCUGAACGCCACCGAGAUUCAGGCGGUCUACGACUUCUACCGCAUGGACUACCUGAUGUUUGACUACCCUAAGCCAUUCCCAGACCUGGUCUGAGGAGGGCCAGGACCUAGUUUACUCUGUUCCUACAGUCCGGCAGAGCAGUCCUGGGCCAGCUGGAGUCCUGGAUGCUCAGUGCAGCAGGUGUAACAGGAACAUGGUGGCCUGUGUUUAUAAUCUCAACCUACAGGUAACCCUAACCCCCCCCCCCCCGUGGGCUUAAAGAUGCAGAGUGUUCAAUGGUAUUUUUGUGUCUUCAAAGCUGCGUAGAGGGUUCGGGUUUCUGUAGAGACCAGAACGAUCCUUCAGACGCCAUGGACAAAAACAGGGGUUCAGGUUGACCAUGUGACUUCCUGUCUCGGUUUUGGUGGUCUUUAAAGGUUGUCUGGUUCAGGCAGUAGUAUCAGGGUUAACUUUGGCUUCCUAUGCUUCCUUACGGUAUAAGGCCUCCCGGGGCUCUCUGGAGCCUGUGGGGGCCAUCUAGGGCCUUCAGGGGAUCUUUGGAGCCUGUGGGGGCCAUCUAGGGCCUUCAGGGGAUCUUUUGAGCCUGUUGGGGCCAUCUAGGGCCUUCAGGGGAUCUUUGGAGCCUGUGGGGGCCAUCGGGGGCCUUCAGGGGUUCUUUGGAGCCUGUGGGAGCCAUCUAGGGUCUUCAGGGCCCCUCUGGAGCCUGUGGGAGCCAUCGGGGGGCUUGAGGGGACCUCUAGUAGGAAAGGUGGUAUUGACUAACAUGAGCCUGGGUCUGCUGAUGCUUGGCUGUGGGUCCUCACAGCAUCGAUGACCCAUCGUUAAUGCUGUUCUGGGUCUGGAGCAUAAACAGGGUCUACAUGUGGUGGGUAGUCUGACCCUGGGACUCACUGCCCAGCCUUCCUGAGGUGUCCUGGGUCUAACUGGAUGGACCAGUGAAGGGAGGUGGACUAGCCCAGAGAUGUCCAGACUCUUUGCUGCCUGUCAGUCUACACAUUUGAGUUUCAGGUCCCAUUUAACGGGACAUUAGAGGGUUUAGGGAUUUCUUCACUGGGACACUGGGAUCUGAGUCCACUUAGACCAUGAGAGGACUGAGACAGUCUGAGUGGUCUGUCAGGCAAUUUUUCUUCUCUGAAUGAUUUUUGAUAUGAAUCUUCUUUAGGACCUUUGUGUUGUUGGUCCAGGACUUCUGGGGGUAGACAGAGCAAGUCAGGGGGUCUAAACUCAUCUAUGAUGGUGGCCCAGAAAGGACAAACUUAGCACUCAUCCUCCCUCAGACCUCCACAGGAUCCCCAGCUGGUGUUGGUCUGGAAACUCUCCACUAGAUGGUGCCAAAUCCUUUCUACUGCUCCCUUCAAUUAAACGGGAUUACAGAA